AUGGCUUCCUACGACGACGACCGACGGAGUAGUCGAUACAAGAGCGACCGACGCAGCAGAGACAGCUACGACGACAUGGCUUACGAUACCCGCGACUCAAAGUCCACGACCAUGGUGAGACGCAGAGACGAUUCAGUCUCGUCAGUAGAGGAAGUCACCAGAGAUUUCCCGCCAGGCGAGCGGGGCGCUAUCUACCGAGAGACCACUGUGCGCAAAUCUGGCCAUCGACCUGUGGGUUCUCGGUCCAAGUCUUAUGAGAACGACUACGAUUAUUACGAUGAUCGUUCUUCAUACAGUCGCCGCAGUCGCAGAGGUCAUCGGGAUGAUGAUACAUAUGUUUCAAGGCGGAGUCGGAAAUACGACGAUCGAGACGGUCGACGAGGAUAUGAUUCGUACUCCGACUAUUCAUCUCGCAGUCGCUCACCGCCACGGAAGAAGGACAAAGAGCGUCGCAAAUCCACGACAGAGCAGCUCCUCACUACUGUCGGCCUAGGCGGGGUCGCUGGUGCGCUGCUUGGCAAGAAAGACAAGUCGCGUUCGCGCUCCCGAUCCCGCGAUCGCCGCAGCGACCGCAGUCGCCAUCGUGGUCGGUCAUCUUCGUCAUCCAGAAGCCGUUCCAAGGAGCGAGGUGGCAAAAAGAGUGGCAAGGAACGUGGCGCUGAAGCACUCAAAGCCGCCUUACUUGCCGGCGUCGUCGAAGCUGUUCGGGCUCGCAAAGAGCCAGGUGGCUGGGGCGGCGACAAAGGCAAACGAGUGCUCACUGCUGCUGUCUCCGCUGGUGGUGUAGAUGGUAUCCUGUCCCACAACCGUGACAAGGAUCACUCUACCCGAGACGUCAUCGGAGCCGCUGUUGCCGGUCUCGCCACUAAUCGCAUCGUCAAUGGCGCUCGGUCCAAGUCGCGAGGUCCUGCCGACGAUCGUGGCCGACGUGAUGGAAGUGCCGACCGCGGCCGCAGCCCCUCUCGAGGUGGUAUCGGUGACAUUGCAGCAGGCGGAACCAUCGCAGCCACCGGCAAAAAGAUCUGGGACCGUGUGAGGUCUCGCUCUCGCGGUCGUGCCAAGUCUAGAGAUUCAUCCUAUGACAGCUAUGACAGCCGCGAUGCGGGUCGUCCAAAGCCUGAGCGCAAACGAAGCUCAAGUGUUUCUGCUGCUGUUGCCAAAGGACUGGGUGCCAUCGGACUCGGAAGCGCUGCCGACAAGGUCGAUCCAUCACGCCGUCAACAGCAAUCAAGGAACUUUGAUGAGCACUACGACGAUCGCGACCGUGGAAGAGGCUACUAUGAUGAUGCCUCGAACAAUGGCUACAAUGGAUAUAGGGAUCCCAGAGAUCGAGAUCCAAGAGAUGUAGGUGCCCUUACCCCUGCCAAUGGACCGGGUGCUGUCGGCCCUCGUGCAGUCAGUACUAGUCGAGUGCCCUCUGGCCAGUAUAGAGCCGACACGGCGCCCCGGCACACCGGUGAUCCUGAAACAGAUUCGGAUUCUGACCUGGGCUCCAGUUCCGGUGAAGAAGCACAAGUGAAGAAGAGCCGCAAGAAGACCUACAUCACCGGCGCUCUUGCAACCGUGGCUACCAUUCAUGCCGGCCAUAGUAUCUACACGAGUGUAGAGAAGCGAAAUGCUCGUAGGAAAGCUCUCAAGGAAGGCGACAUAUCUCCAGAAGAGGCACGCAGAGAAAAGAAUAGAGCACGUCUGCAAGAUGCGGCGAGCGUUGGUAUAGCAGCGCUCGGUAUCAAGGGCGCGUACAGCGAGUGGAAUAGUAUGAGAGAAGAGAACAAGGAGGCGUUGGAAAAGAAAGAGGCUGCAGAACGACACAAGCACAAGCGAGACGCCCGGAGGAAGAAAGAACAGCUCAUGGCCGCACAAGCGUAUCGAGAGGGCGGCUUUCACGGAGACCUGCCGCAUUUGGGACCGAGCGAUUCGCCAUACUACGGAAGCGAUGCUGGACACUAUGCGCCCUCGCAGCCCCAAUCGGCAGGGCCGGUCCACUACACGGACGGCAACCCGUUCUCAUCCUACAGCAACAUCCCUGCGCAACCGCAGCCGCAGGCCCAGCACCCAUCGCAACAGCAGCCACCAAACCCACAGGUGUAUGCAACGCCUCCUCCUGGAGCUUCCCACUAUGACCAUCAGCCCUACCCACCCCAGGCGGCAGGAUAUCAACACCCGUACGACAUCCCACCUCCUCCAAUGGGCCCACCUCGUGCCGACACUCAUUAA